AUGUCAUCUUUGCUUUUCAAAAACUUUUUGUCGGUUUGGUUGCUAUGGUCGAUCGUUUUUCAAAUUCAAGUACAAUCUGCUCCAAUCUCAGCAAAUAAUAAAGCACCUUCCUUCUUGGCAAUCAGCGAAGCGGACAAAUAUGCUUCUAUAGCGACUUUUGCAGCGGAUGCCUACUGUACAGGAUUACAGAUAGGAUCCAAAGUGGGAAAUGACGGAAAAGUGUUUUGGAAAGCUGGCGAUGGAACAUCUUCACAAAUGGUCUUUAUCGCACAUAGUCCAACAGCAGGAAUCGUGGUAGCACAUCAAGGCACAAAUACAUCCGCUGCUGCUAGUGUUGAACAUGAUAUUCGAAUCAAUCAAGUAAGCAUGCAUACAUCCUUGACAAAAGUUGAGAAAAAAGUCACAGGUGGACAACAAGAAAAAGAUUCUCAACCGAUUUCUGUUGCGGCUGGAUUCCAGAACGCAUGGUUACAAACAUCUGAUGAAGUGCUCAAACAGGUUGAAAGCGCUAGACAAAAAUAUCCAAAUGCAACAAUCACAAUCACAGGUCAUAGUUUGGGAGCUGCAAUUGCACUUUUUGAUGCAUUGGCAAUUCAAAAUCAAUUCAAGAAUGCCACACUGGAUACAGUCGUUUUCGGAAUGCCAAGAGUUGGCAAUCAACAAUUCGCAAAUAUGGUUGAUGAAAUUUUACCCAACCAAAAGCACAUUAUCAACAAACGUGAUCCUGUUCCACACCUUCCAUUUCAAGCCCUUGGCUUUCGACAAGCUUCGGGAGAAAUUUGGAUUCAACCAAGCAAUUUGACAAAACGUGACGCACAAAAUGCACUGUCAACAAAUACGGUUUCUUGUCCAGGACAAGAGAAUCCGGAUUGUUCAGAUACCAUUCAUUUUGGUCAAUUUGAUCUUGAUGAUCAUGAUGGACCGUACUUUGGUGUUGAAAUGCAAUGUAGCGUACAAGAGCAGGCCUGA